GAAUAUAUCCUCUGACCAACUCUGUCCCAGUGAAACACUUCUUGUUUUUUAUGACUGCAGUUAUUGGAGUCGUUCGGGUUGAAUGUAAAUUUAAUAAUAUCAGCCAGGUAAUAGAAGUUUCCCGACCGUCUUUUCCGCACCCGCUCCUUCUCCUUCGUAACUUUCAAGAAAGAAGGAAGAAGAAGACACACCGACCCCCGCAGGCAACUCCGGUCCUUUCUGGCAACUGGCGAGCAGCCAGAAAACCUGAUGAACCAGAAAGGAUUGUUGCCGCUCGCCUUCAGACAUACUCGUGCUCGCCCCAUCCCGGGAAUGAAGCCGGGCGGCGAGUGAGCGGAGCACAGCCGAAAAGCCUGACAUCAGCACCGGCCCAGCGGCGGGAGGAGCUGGCUGCACCCUGGCUCUCAGGCUCGCUGGCCGCGCGCCUUUGUGACCCGAGGCGCGCUCCCGCGACGGCGGCGCGCGUGUCAGCCGGGAGCACCGGGUUCCGUGCCGAGUGCGCGUGCCCGCGAGGAGCGCCUGCUCUGCCUGCUGGUGGCGCGCGUCCCUACACUGGGCGGCUGGGCUGCGCGCGGGUCGGGGCCCAGAGACCGCGUCGGCCUGGGAGCAGCGCACAUCAUGCCGCGCCCGGGAACCGAAGAGCCGGCUGAGCAUGCGAUUGUUCGGGCGAGUUAAAAUGAGCUCCAUUCAGGACUGGGGUGAAGAGGUAGAGGAAGGCGCUGUUUACCAUGUUACCCUCAAAAGAGUCCAGAUCCAACAAGCUGCUAAUAAAGGAGCAAGAUGGCUAGGGGUUGAAGGGGACCAGCUGCCCCCAGGACACACAGUCAGUCAGUAUGAAACCUGUAAGAUCAGGACUAUAAAAGCUGGCACCUUAGAGAAACUUGUGGAGAACCUGCUAACGGCAUUUGGUGACAAUGACUUCACCUACAUCAGCAUCUUCCUGUCAACUUACAGGGGAUUUGCAUCAACCAAGGAAGUGCUGGAGCUGCUGCUGGACAGGUAUGGAAACCUGACAAGUCCCAACUGUGAAGAAGAUGGAAGCCAGAGUUCCUCAGAGUCGAAAGCAGUGAUCAGGAAUGCCAUCGCCUCCAUCCUCAGGGCCUGGCUUGACCAAUGUGCUGAGGACUUCUGGGAGCCCCCACAUUUCCCCUGCUUACAGAAACUACUGGAAUAUCUCCAGCGGACAAUGCCAGGCUCGGACCCCGAGAGGAGAGCACACAACCUUCUCAAGCAGUUUCAAAAGCAAGAAGUGGAAACUGACACAGACGGACUUCCUAGCACCCUCGCCUGUAGCCUGGAGGAGGAAGAGGAGCCAGAAGGUGGAGGGGCCACAGAAUUCACAUGCUUUGCUGAAGACCUGGUAGCCGAGCAGCUGACCUACAUGGACGCACAAUUGUUCAAGAAAGUUGUGCCUCACCACUGCCUGGGAUGCAUCUGGUCUCGAAGGGACAAGAAGGAGAACAAACAUCUGGCUCCUACGAUCCGUGCUACCAUCUCUCAGUUCAAUACCCUCACCAAGUGUGUCAUCAGCACCAUUCUGGGGGGCAGAGAGCUCAAAUCUCAGCAGAGAGCCAAGAUCAUUGAGAAAUGGAUCAACAUCGCCCAUGAAUGUAGAAUCCUAAAGAAUUUUUCCUCCUUACGGGCCAUCAUUUCAGCACUGCAGUCCAAUUCCAUCUACCGGUUGAAAAAGACCUGGGCCUCCGUCCCCAAAGACCGCAUGCUGAUGUUUGAGGAACUUUCUGAUAUCUUCUCUGACCAUAAUAACCACCUGACCAGCCGGGAACUACUGAUGAAGGAAGGAACCUCAAAAUUUGCAAACCUGGACAGCAGCGUGAAGGAAAACCAGAAGCGGACUCAGCGGCGGCUCCAGCUCCAGAAGGACAUGGGCGUGAUGCAGGGGACUGUGCCCUACCUGGGCACCUUCCUCACUGACCUGACCAUGCUGGACACAGCCCUGCAGGACUAUAUUGAGGGUGGGCUGAUAAACUUUGAGAAAAGAAGAAGGGAAUUUGAGGUGAUUGCCCAAAUUAAGCUCCUGCAGUCUGCCUGCAACAGCUACUGCAUGACCCCCGACCUGAGAUUCAUCCGUUGGUUCCAGAGGCAGCAGCUUCUGACAGAGGAGGAGAGCUACACCCUCUCCUGCGAGAUUGAAGCUUCCCCAGACACCAGUGCCACUUCGCCCAAGCCUCGGAAGAGCAUGGUGAAGAGGCUCAGCCUACUGUUUCUAGGGACGGAUAUCCUACCAAGUAGCACCCCCACCAAAGAGCAGCCCAAGUCCACAGCCAGUGGAAGCUCUGGAGAGAGCAUGGACUCUGUCAGUGUGUCCUCCUGCGAGUCCAACCACUCAGAGGCUGAGGAGGGCUCGGUGACACCCAUGGACACCCCUGAUGAGCCUCAGAAAAAGCUUUCCGAGUCAUCGUCGUCCUGCUCCUCCAUCCACUCCAUGGACACGGCUUCCUCAGGGAUGUCAUCCUUGAUCAACCCCCUGUCCUCACCCCCGGCCUGCAACCACUACCCCAAGAUGCACAAGCGCUCUGUGUCGGUGACCUCCAUCACCUCGGCCGUGCUGCCACCCGCCUAUAACCAGCAGAGUGAGGACACCUGCAUCGUCCGCAUCAGCCUGGAGGAUGACAAUGGCAACAUGUACAAGAGCAUCCUGUUGACGAGCCAGGACAAGACCCCUGCGGUGAUCCAGAGAGCCAUGCUCAAGCACAACCUGGACUCAGACCCGGCCGACGAGUAUGAGCUGGUGCAGGUCAUCUCAGAGGACAAAGAACUUGUGAUCCCAGACUCCGCAAAUGUCUUUUAUGCCAUGAAUAGCCAGGUAAACUUCGACUUCAUCUUACGCAAAAAGAACUCAACAGAGGAGCCGGUGAAGCUGCGCAGCCGGACCAGCCUGACCUUGCCCAGGACAGCGAAGCGGGGCUGCUGGAGCAACAGGCACAGCAAGAUCACCCUCUGACGGGGCCCUGGCACCGGGUGGAGGGGCUGGGCACCUGUGAGGCUGCAGCCAAUGUGCAGGGUGCCCCCGAUGUCAGCAUGCCUCAGGAAACAGAUGAACCUGACACACAAAAAAAGAUGAACUAUUUACUGAUUGCCGAGGGUGUGUUGGAGACUGAAGUAUGACAUACUCUUGCCCGUAGACACACACACACACACACACACACACACACACAUAUAUAUAUGCAUAUGGUCUCUAUGUGUAUACAUAUAAAUAAGCAAGCGACUUAUGGGAUGUCCUGGACUGUGGAAAAAUGAAUUUGCACAAUCACCUGGGAAGCUGAGGUCUUUGUACAGGGAACCAGAAGGAACUGUGAACCUCGCAUCAGACCUUCCGAGUGAAUGAGACCAAUCCCAGGAAUACGGAGGAGGGUCCUUCGUGCCAGUAUUACAAGAAAUCCAAACUAUUUUUAUAAAGGGAAAGGACUACUUUCCCCAUCAAGUGCCACCAGAGAAGAAUGUUGCAGAGUCGGGAACCACAUGGGCUGCAUGAAAGGCCACUACGGAGAGGGUUUGGAGGAGCCUGUGACCUUUAACCUCUGCAGCAUCUCUGGAUUUCUCACCUCCCCUCUUCAGCAGGAGGAGCUCUGGGAAGUGGGGGGGGGGGGCAGGUGGGAAUCUCCAUGGGCUGGUCCUGCUGUUAGGAUCCCUGGAGGAAACCCUGGGCCAUGCUGAUUUCCAUUUCUCCCCAUAAGGACUUAUGCCCACCACCGCCGUGGCACAGAGAGCCCUAUGCUUUGUCUGUCAGAAAUGGAGGUGCAAGUGCAGGGGGGCUGGGGUGGCAUGGUGUGGCGACCUCUGGGAACACCUUUUUCACGCCCAGCUCGGUGUUUUUUGCCAUCUGGGUUGUUACACCCUCUAUUUUGUGCAAUUUGUGCUUCCAGUGUUGAAACCCUACUGCAAGCAACUAUAUGCAAUCUUUUGGAGGCUGCGAAGGGUUUGGGAAUGAGCCCCUCUGUGCCCUCUGCCCCAGGCAGACCCUUGUUUGCUCAUUUUGCCUAUUAGCAGUGCCUCAUCCUGGGGAGAAACGGGGCUGCAGCUCUGACCCGAGUCACUGCAGAGAGAAGCCACCACCCUUUCCGGUCCCCACACUCGCCAUCCAGCGUUUCUCCCCCUGCCCAGUCUGAGCUGUGCUGGGGUUUCAGUUAAAAGCCGUAUGUGUGACACUGACCUGGACUAGAAGCACUUUCAGGAUUGCCCUUUCUUAGAAAAAUAGUUCUCAAAAGUGCCAGCUCUCAUUCCCAAAGUGAAGAGAGCAAACCCAGAAUGUGAAGUGCAGCUUGUAACAGUGAGCCCCACCUAAAGGCAGUGUGAGAUUCACGCCGCGUGCACAGCCACCCGGAAUUAGCAGGCCUGCCAGGGGAGUGACAGUGGGACACAGACGGAGCAGGAGGCCCCCUUCCUUCUGGCCUUUGCAGGAGACCAGAUGGCGCAUUGUCUGACAGACUGGGUCGCACCCAGUCUGAGGACUAGCAAAUUCUGCUCUCCCCUGGACCCUCUGAUAUUUGUUUCUGUGCUCGAUGGAGAGUUGGCUGGGCUGGUAGGUGGCGUGAAAGCCAGUGUGGCCUCAGGCUUCAGGCCUGGGCUGGAAGGUCUAACAGAUCUCAGCCGCCUGGUCUGGUUAGAGCAUGGCCACCAAGACAGCCAUGCUGUGCUGAGCGCACCCCAUGUAUUUAUACUGUACAUGUAAAGUCUAGAUUUAUAUACUGCAAUGUAAAAUAUAUAUAUAUAUUUUCCUUUUUUUUUUUAAGACAAUGGAGAUUCCUGGUGGAGGAAACCUCACCUCAUUUGUCUAAUGGCACUUUACAUGUCUCGCUGUGUCUGUCCCCGCGGGGAGAGGCAGGCGAGGCCAAGCCACUCACAUGCUUGUCUUCCUGCAUCUCCACCCGCUUUCAGCCUCCCGGUGAAACUAAUAAACUGGCCAGGGACUCACUGGGCAGCUGUUGCUGUUGCCACACCCAA